UUACUAAUCGACAGUUUAAAUCGAUAUGUGAAUGUAAUUGAUCAUAUGAUUCUAUUAGGAUAAGGGAGUAGUGGAAGGUGUAUAGUAUUGGUACAAAAAUGUUGAAAAUAUUUUUGUGUGUUGCAGCUGUAGUUGUGGCAGCGUAUGGAGCUGGUGAACUCGUUAUCCUUGAUUCGCCAGACUCAACAAAGUUUAGUGGCCAUGAACAGAUAGAUGAAAGCAUGUUGAAGGAGAUAUUCGCAGUAUGCAUGGGAUUCACAAUCACAAAGGGUAGUGAUUGGCGAGGAUUAUCAGUGUCAAACCCAUUCUCAUUUGCGGAAGCAGUUGUAGUGGUGGUGGUUGAUGGGGUUUCCACCCUGGGAUGGCAGGAGGGUCACCGCUAUCCACUGAUCACAGAUGAGGAUGAGUCAGUGACCUGGCAAGCUCUGCAUGAUCGUGUGCUGAAGCGUUAUCCACGCCAGAAUGCCACAUUGCUGCGAAUGGAUUUUGCCGAACAGGGUAAGCCAUAUCGUAGUUUCUUUGGCGAUUAUAAGGACACCCCCACCAAUUGGACUGUCAAGUACUUGGACCCAACUGUGUCAGAAGACAAACAGUUCCUUGAUGAAAUGAUGGUACUCAGCAGUGUUGCAAACCUGGUAGAAUCGGGGCUUGUGUACAGGGAUGGUGUGCCUGAUGUCUACUGGAAGGUGGUGCGCUCAUUACACCCUGUGGUUGAUUUUCAUGGCCCUGAUUCUGAGGCUGCAAAAGAAGCAAAGCAGAUUCUCCAAGAUGUGAUAAACGUUGUCAAGAAAGCUUAUGUUCAUGCCUACAAGAAUCGGGUGGUUGUUGCCACAGUCUGCAGCGAUGUCAGUCACACAAGGAGGACUCGCAGCCUCAUGGCAGACGCAGAAGAUCCGCAAAUAGACCUGAAUCUUGCCCCAGAGUAUAGCCCGGACUAUCCAGUUAUCUUCAACAUCUUUCUUUGGUUUGGAGUUGCAUUUACGUUUUCCCUUCUUGCAAUAUCAUUGUUCAUUGCUGACAUGGAUCCAGGACGAGACUCCAUAAUUUAUCGCAUGACAAGUACCCGCAUGAAGAAGGAGAACUAGACAGUGUUUACAUUCCUCUGUAGAUGAUUGGUUGUGGUGUUUGGUAUAUUACAUGAUGUCAUGCACUUUUAUAAAUUCAGAUAAAUUCCGUUUUGUUUGUACUGCAAAGAUGUGGUAUGUGAUUGCAAGGGAACUGGACUAGUUUAAUAUUAUUGUUGAAUAUUUUUAAAAGUAAUGCUUUGUAAAGAAAACAUGGUUUAAGCAAGUAACAUUUUCUCAUAGUUUCCAUUCAGGCUCGAGCAAGUGGUUAGGGCACAGGAUAAAGUGUGGCUUUACCUGACAAGGGAUUGCUGUGGCAACUGUACUAUGUGAGAGUUAAGUAAGUCCUUGUGAUGUACGCAGCUUUAGAGGUCACGUGCUGCACUACUGGCAUGCCAAGAAAAGUUCUGCUUGUUUUAAUAUGAAGCAAACUUUAGUGGUAAUACUUUCUAACAUUGGAAGUCAAAAAAAAAAUGAAAAAGUAAAUAAACUGAUAACGAUAUUACGAGCAACAGAAAGCAACGAAGACAUGUGAGAAAUAUAUUUGUACUAAAGACCACCGUUCUUCAUUGAGGAAUUGGGGGGUUAUGCAUGCACACAUCACCACUUGCCUACCAGGCCGCCUACAUCACAAGUAUUUACUCAACUCUGACAUACAGCACAUAUGAAGUAAAGGUAGAGCAAACCUGUGUUAACCCUUCAAACUCUGCUAUUUUUAGUGUAAGUUAGGCUAAAAUGUUGCACGAAAAUUGCAUUGAAGGGGAAAAUGUUUUAACUGUGUUAGAAUUUGGGAGCAUUCAAGUCUGUCGUAGAUGCUUUGCUGUUUGGCACCACAAGCAUUCCAGUUUCUCUGAUUAGGGAGUAGCAAAUAUUUCAUUAAAGUUACAGAUAUAUCAAAAAUAAGUAGUAUUUUAUUUGUCGUAGUAGUAUUAUUAGACGUGGUGAUCAGCAAGGUGAGGCACUAGCAUAGAUAUUUCUGCUUUAAAGACUUACCCUCCAUACUUCUGAAAUUAAAAAUUUUGUUGGUGAUGGAAGUACGAGGCAGAGAAGUACACUAAAUGUGAUAACAGUUUCAGCUCCUCAUUGAGGAAGUUUAUUUUCUCAUCUUUUCCUCUGGGCUGUACCUGAAGUCUCUUGUUAUGUAAAUUUGUCUUUCUCUAAAUAAUUGAUUAAUUGGAUGAACAUGAGGGUUAUUAGAUGGUGAGCUUAUGUAUUGAUGUGAAAAUGUUCUCCUUGGCAUUUGACUGUGUCCAUUGUGGGUCAUUCCAUUGGCAUUUUAUGUCUCGUUCUAUGCUCAACUCUCAAAAAAUUUUCCAAGAGCAGCUGGGUACAGGUCACUCUGUAUUACUCCUUAGUCCGUCACCCUUAGGGCAUGGUGUAUUAAAGGAAUUGCAUUUCACUAGUUUAAUCACUGUAUUAUCACAAAAUAUUACUGAUGACAGUUAAAUGGUCUUCCAGUCAGUUUUACAGACUGACUUUGCAAUGCUUCUCUGAACCCAAGAUUAUUAUAAUGAUCUGAGUUGACAGUACUUUCGACACAGAAGUUUCUGGGAUGAGCUUCAAAUUAUACAACACAAUUAUUCAGAUGUAAGAUUUGAGGUUUUCA